AUGACAUGGAAUAUUGCAUGCACACAAAGAAAGUUCUUCAUAGAAAGCGUUUUUGAGACUAAGAUAUCCAUUGUGUCAGAGGAGGAGGAGAUUCUAAUAGCCUCGUGCAACUUCACAGGCCUGUAUCUGAAAAGAAACAAAAGCAUAUUGUUCCUGGAAACAGAGAAAGUCAUUCUAGGAACCAGCACUAAAUCCAUCCAAAACAUUGAAUUUUCACUUUUUCUUCCAAAGGACAUUCCGCCAAGCUACUGUGGAAAUAACAUAGGCAUAGUAUACAACUUGAAUGUAUACGUGCAAGGGAUGCAAACUACGUUCAACAGGUCGUUUAUAUGCUCUGUUGUCUCUGGAGUUCCUGCGUGCUUUGAGAGCUCUGCAAAAAUAUUCAUUCCUGCACAGUAUGAAAGUAUUGCUGAGGAAAGAGAGAAGCCUAUAAUACUACUAGAAGACUGCCCUAGAAACAAGCAUGCCCAUGAGUUAAUAGUUGAACUCCUACGGAAGGGAUUUAAAGAGGGAUGCAUGCCAGACUUUCUUACUCAGAGAACAAAAGUUGAAGAAAGUGAAGAACUUCCAGAAAUAUGUGCAGAAGCAAGAAAGUACUGGAUAGCAGAGAAGGAAAACACACAUCACCCACUGAAGCUGUAUGCCAAGAUUAUGAAGCAGUGCUAUGAAAAGUGCGAAAGACAAGUGUUUUAUUCAAUAACCACGCAAGGAAAAGAAUAUGCAAAAGUGCUUAUUACUAUAACAGAAGAAGACCCUCCACACUGCCUGCUAAAUCUAUCAUUAGAGCUAAUAGAGCCAAUAAAGAAUGUAGGAGUAUCUUUGGUGCAGGUGGAGACAGUUGAUGACGCAGAGUCUAAGGAGAGACUUUACAACACAACAAAGUAUGUGGAGUAUGCGAAGAAGGUUUAUUUCGAGAUUCCUUUGGACAGAGCACGAUGCCCAACCAUUAUUACUCCAAGCUUUAGCACGCAAGUAGAAAUGGUAAUUGUAAUAGAUCGCUUGCAGGAAGUACGGAUAAAAAUAAAGUAG